GAUAGAGUGCAUUUGAUUAUUUUUCCUUAAAUGAAAUCUAAAAUUAGUUUAAUUUUUAAAUAAAUUUCCUCUUUCUUUUUAAUAUGGAUAAUGUAAACUAAAUAAGCGUAUGGGGUUACUUGAGUGUUUAUAGGUGAAAUAACCCCAAUGUUAAGAAUGCUAACUGAUUUUAAUAUUCUAUAGGUGAAUGUCAAGAAACUGAGGGUAUUUUACAUGGAAGAUGACGGCGGCUAUCCUUUCCGAACUCCAGUGUCGAGAGAGAUGAAAAAGGCCUUAAGGAAAGCUGUUGCCCACUUCGAGAGCAUCUGCGAACAGAAACCGCAAAAGAUUUUUAAAGAAAGACUGCAAGACGCCGUUGAAACUUGGGUCUGCGUCAUUGAGGCUCUUAACGAUCAACAACUGUCGAAUGAAAUUGUGGGUUACCAAAAAAGACUCAACCUCAGCAAAGAAGUUUUCAAGUCCAUGGCUGGCAAAUCCAAGCAUACUUUCCCUGUCAUCUGCUUAGCAAUAUUAGAUCGUUACAUCAGGAAUUAUGACGCCAAACUGGCAGAACCUUUCUUCCACAUGAGAGACGAGUUGUUGGCUGAAUUCAAUGAGCUUCUCGGCGAUGAUGGCAUCUUCCUCUACCCUACAUAUCCUGACAUUGCUCCUUAUCACAUGGAAAUGCUCUUCCGUCCUUUCAACGUGGGUUACAGCGUUAUUUUCAACAUUCUAGGCUUGCCGGUCACGCAGUGUCCGUUAGGACUUGGAGGCAAAGGCUUACCUUUGGGCAUACAAGUCAUUGGUGGUUUGAAUAAAGACAGAGUUACAAUUGCUGCAGCACGUGAAUUAGAAAAGGCAUUUGGAGGUUGGAUUUGUCCCUGCGAUAUCCGCAAAUCUUCCAUCAAAUUAACAGAAAUAGUUUAGUAAUCAUUUAAUGGUCUGGCAGAAUAACAUCUAAUUAAUAGAGCCAUAAUAUAUAGCAUCGUCAUUUUCAUGUUGCUAUUUAUUCCAAAGAAACUCUUGUGUGCAUUGACAUUAGUGAGUUCUUAAGAAAUGUUCUUCCCAUUUUUCUCAGAAUGUACACCCUGUUUCUCCAGUUUUAUUGGAAUGGGUACUAGCAUCCGCCAACAUACAGUGUUCCUUACAUCUGCAAUCUGUUUAGUUAUCAUUGCAAAGCAUAAAUGGUUAGAUAUUGAUUUCACUAUGAACACUAAAGAUUCUCGGUAAGUUCAGUUUGAGUAAGGUUUGAAAUUAUUUUUAGAUAUAAAUACCUUGAAAUGAAAUGAGUUAUAGUACAAUCAAACGUGUUAUGCCUUCGACUAGGAAAAGAUCACUACAUCGAAUUUGUUUGAAAAUUUAUUUGACACGGUGAAGAAUUAUAUGAACACAACUGCAUUUUCUCAAUACUACUAUGUGAAAAGUAGGGGCAAGAAGACAGUGCACGAUGAUACCAUUAUACAGUUCAAUCUGAAUUCAUUUGAUGAAGGAAUAUUUGAACUGCUUCACUCUAGCUCAGUGGAUUUAUGAAAACUGUAAUUGUUUGAAAUAAUGCGAAAAUGAUGUAACCAUGCCACGAAACUUUAUUUUUUUAAUUAGUUUUAUAAAAACUGGAUCAGCACAGACCUGUGAAAAUAAUGCAAAUUAUGUUUCCGCUGGUACUAGAAACAGGGUUACUUCUUUGGGUACUUAAUCAUGUGCCAUUAGUUGAAUGCAUCAGUAUGAAUAUACCCCAUCGAACUACUUAUUCUAAGGCAUUUUCUAUCAGUUAAUGUUUCCAAUCUGUUUUAAACCGUCCAUCGUCUAACACCACAUCAACAGAAUUGCUGCCUGAAGAUCUGGAAAUUGGCCAUCCCUUCGGUUAAAGAGUAUUGCUAAUGUAAGUAAUGCUUAGUAAUGAAAAUAUGUUGUUAAAAAAUAAUCCAAAAUAAGGCAGUUAUUCAUUUUAGUUUUCGUUGUCCAACAUUCAUAAAAUAGAUUUUUCAGGCAAAUUCGUGAUUGUCAAACAACAUCUAAGAAUCUUGUCAGACUGAAAAACUGAAGAGGUCUCCAGCAGCAUGAAUCUAGAAGAGACCUGUCGUAUAGUUGUUUGCAUGAAACGAUUAUCACUCGCGUCAUUCACCAGAAGGUGAAAGACUUGUGACAAUUCUUUUACUCUCGUGGACUGAUGGAUAAUUCCUUUAAGUUUGGAAUAUGAAAAUUAAAAGUUGCACCUAGCACUGUUUUGCUCGAAAGAUUUAUCAGUCUGAUAAACUUCUUAAAUAUAUUAAUUUAUUUAUCACUAAAGAAAUAUAGGGGAAAAUGUAUGCUUUUAAUCCUGCUUUAGGAUUAAGAUGAAAAUGUACAUAAUUUAGUUAUUUUGACUUUAAAAGCAAAAGAAAUGUGAGUGCAUUAUGAGGUAUUUUGUUCGAUUCACAUCAAUUAAUUUUUAUUGGUAUAUCAAAUAAUUUGCUAAAAGAAAAUUUGUGUUUGUAAGCAAUAAUAUUUUUUUAAAAAACAGUGGAAAUAAUUUUGGAUUCACACGGAACUGCGUGUUUUAGCUUGCGCAAAAAAAUUAUGAUAUAUGAAUUAUAGUUAUUGUAAUUUUUUAAAUUAAAAUGGCAUUUUUAAUUACAUUGGCAAAAUCUAAGUGUAGAUUACUUAUAAUACGAAUAAUCGUUUGUGUUCAGCAACAGAAUAAGUAAUUAAACCAGACAUUUGAAUUUCAGUAGUUUUUUAUACCAUAUUCUUUCCAUAAAUACGCAUCAUUAGUUAUUUUAAUUAUUUCCAAAAUAAACGUAAAAAGGGAAAAUGUAAUUAAAUAAAUCAGUUUUAACAGCUGUUUCAUUUAUACAAUUGUAAGCUUUAGUAUGUAUGAUUAUAUUAAAUUUUGUUUGAGUUAAUUCACAAAAUUUCGUAUACUUUUAUUCUCUAGCAACAUUAAGAAGUUUACUUUUAUAUUACGUAGGAAAGUAGAACCAAAUUAAAUCUAACAUCUAUGAACAAUAAAUAACAGUAGAAAUUGUGAAAAGUUAGCUAGUUCAGUAAACAUAAACAAUAGUUAAUAUGCAUUAAGCAAAACACAGAGAACUAAACUUAAUAAGAAUGAGUAUUUCACAUUGAAUUAAUCUACUGAAAACAUUCAAACACACAGAAGAAAAAAUACAGCAUUUAAUGUAAAAAGAAUUACAUAAAAUUUAACAGAUUAACUAAAUCUAGCAAGAAUUGUUCUUCUUUAUCCAUAACUUCUUUUUCUUCUAAAAGCGACUAACAACAAACUCUUUUAUCUAUUAAUUUGCAAAGAAUAAUUUUUCUCUCCACUUUACUGACGUCGGAAACAUUUGUGGCUUACUUUUUCAAAAUUGUUUAUCGUCAUGUUUCUGAUCGUUUGAUAUUUUUAUCAUUUACUUACCUUGACAUGUGUUAUUAACGCACGGAAUGUAAAGUAUGAUCUAUUUACACAAUCUCGGAAUGAUUGCUUUUCAAAGUGUUGCCAUUCGGCAAAGCAUGUUAUCAUAAUUUUUAAUUAUAUUUAAUAUAUAAAUCACAUUUGAUCAUCUUACCACUACUUAACACAUUAAAUUUCUUUAAAAGUUUAUAAGUACAUUUUUAAUAUAUUCUAAUUUAAAAAUAUUCCUAAUUGAUAUAAAUUUUAAAUUCAUUUAAUUUUAUAAUAUAUCCAACUGGCAAUUUUAUAAAUAUUUGCGUCAUUACUAAAAUUAGUAACAGAUAUUUCUAACACAUAUGUUGCAUAUUUGGUAAAAAAAUCGUUUGGUUUUCUCUGUAUUCUUUCUUUUUCACCCAAUAGAAUAAAGAGAAGACCAAACGAUUUUUUAACAAAAUAGAAUAAAAUUCAUUUCUGUUUCAAAUUCCAGUAAAACAAAAUUCUAUUAUUAAAUUUUGCCGAUAAAAUUAAAAUUGCUGUUUUAAUAAACUGUAUGAUAAUCAGCGACAUUAAAUCUAAUCAUUCAUAAUUACAUUAGUGACAUUGAUACUGUAGAAGUAGUACGUAAGUGUACAGGCCUAUAACGUUUGCACUGUACUAUUUUACUAGUCAAGAUUAUUCCAAACUGUUAACUGAAAACAAGUAUCUGUACACGCAACCUAUUAUAAAGUAAGAAAUAUAAGUUAUUAAAUAAAAACAUGCACAAAUAUAUGAGAAUUUUCUGAAAAGAAUUGAGUAAUGCAACAUGUACUCGAUAGCUUAAUUUCAUAAACAUAUAAAAAUAUGACUUUCUUUUAAUAAGAAAGUAUUUUUAGAACUGUUUUCUGCUAAAAUAUUUUAUUAAACUAACAAUGGUACUCAUUUUCUAAUUUGAAGAAAUUUCGCUACAUAAUUCUUCUGCAUUUUUUUUAAUUGAAAACAUUAUAUGCCAAGAUGUAGUGUGGAUUUAUGUAUUUUGUAUCACAAGUUCUGUUCAAUAUUCCGGUGAUGUGCUUUACCUCAGUUUUUAUUUUUAUAUUAGUUUUCUUUUAAAUAAUGCCCGACCUUGAAUGGAAGAUGAAUGUAUACUUAUAGUCAUUUUUUUAUUUUACAUUAAUUGUUUCUGAUAACAUUUAGUAGAUACAUACAUGUAUUAAACUUGCAUGAUAUAUGUGCAUAAACAUGAUAUGUUUUUAUAGUGAAUUAUUUGAUAUUGUAUAAAAUAUGAAUUAUAAUUUGUGUAUUUAUGUUCAUUAAUCAUACAAUCUUUUGUAUUUUACUCUCGAUAAAUGUCGCGAAAUAAACUUAAAUAUUACUAAA